AUGGCGUAUCAUGAACUAUACCGCUCCGCUGGUCGCCGUUUCGGAUAUUCCAAGAUACUCCUAAGAUACGCCCAUCACAUUCUCUAUGUUGAUGCCGCAUCACCAAUCAACGAGUUGCAUCCAGAGAGUGAGCGGGAUAUUCUCACAAUGAUCAAUAAUGGCUUCUUUAAGGACAACAAGAUGAACGCCGCGUUAACACAACCAGAGAAGUCUACGAUCUCUCCUAGGGAACAAAGAACUCUCUAUUUUCCCGUCACUGCUCGUCAAGAAUCCAAAAAUCACACCUCGUCGUGGGGCGAUGGACCCAGCGAAACCGGUUGCCUCAAAUUACGUAGAACUCCUCGCAAGGUUCGCAACGGCGUCGUGACCAUUUUCCAAGAUUUCUAUGAUCACCCGCGAAUGCCAUUUAAGAUGAAGUACGACGCGCGAGACGAUAUGGACUACAGACUAGGAAGAAAUAUCGGGGCUUUGAUAGACGAGACUUUGGGAGUGCUGGAAAAACAUGGAGGAGAGGACGUGAGUCAUCAUAGAGAAUUUGGGGGGGAUUCCGAUAAGAAAUUAAUGAAGAAAUAA